AAUCUUAUCUCCUUUACGUUUGUCUCUCUUCACCACUUCAUAAUGGUUAAUUUUUUAAAAAAGUAGUCCCAACAAUAGUAUAUUAUUUAUACCUGCGCCCCCCCCUCUUGUAUAGUUCAUAUUCUCCAAAGUCCAAAGUAGCUUCUCACUACAGAUUCUCUCCCUUUUCUUUUAUAGUACAGUACUAUAUGGUAAUCUGACUGAAGCAAAAGUCUAUCCGAUUCAUUGCAAUUGCUUACAGUGAAAGAUGAUGAUGAUGAUGAUGACGCCAAACUUGAACCUGGAACCUGAAGAAGAUUUCAAAAUCUGCAGCCAAGUUGGAUCAAAUGAAUUGCUGCAAGAAACAGCACAAGAUUAUUUGGACAACAGCAGCUCCUCCUGUCUCACAAAGACUGAUCCUGAUUCAGGUUCUCUGUCCCUUGACUUGACCCUCAAAUUCAAUCACAGUGAUGAAGAGUUCAAAGGUGAAAGUCACACCAACAGUGAAGUAGGAGGUGAAACUCAUCCCUCAGCACUAGCAGUUCCCAGAGUUUUCUCCUGUAACUAUUGCCGGAGGAAAUUCUUCAGCUCGCAGGCAUUAGGUGGCCAUCAGAAUGCUCACAAAAGGGAGAGGACAAUGGCAAAGCGUGCACUGAGAAUGGGGAUUCUCACUGAAAGGUACACAAGCUUAGCAUCUCUGCCUCUGCAUGGUUCUUCUUGUCGUUCACUUGGCCUUGAAGCUCAUGCUUCAAUACACCAAGGACAAGUGCAGUCAGUGAGGGUUCCUGAAAUAGGAGUUGGUGCAAAAUUCGAAAAAGACUAUUUUCGGACACCGAUCUUCGUGGAAGAUGAUGAUGAUGGUCUGUUUUGGCCUGGCAGCUUCAGAAAGACAGAAGGAAGGGGUGGUUUUGGUGUUAAUCUGAGGCAUGAUGCAGAUGCUUUCAAUUCAAGUACUAGGUUUGUAGCAACUGCAGCUCCGGCACAAACAUCUGCAACUCCUGAUCUCACUCUGAGGCUCUGAGAUUUUUCAUCAUCAUUGAGUCCAAACAUGUCUGUACAAGCCUCCUCAUGAUGUUCUCACUGUAAAGCUUUUUAAGCUUUUUCAUGUUUAGUUCCAUUCUCUUCAGACUAGAGAAUUUAUGGUAAUUGUACUACUGUACAGUGAGACCUGCAUUUCCAUUGGCUUAUUUUAGCUUAUUUCAAUUUCCAUUGUCAAGCUUUUUCUUUGCAUUGUUGUUGAUGUAGUUGUAGCUCCAUGGCUUCAAAUGUCAAUUUGUGUUUGUACUUGUGUUCAGAAUUUAGUUUUGGAAAAACAUGUCUUUCAUUUAUAGCUUUUUGCUUGAA